AACACUCAGUUCCGCCUUGUGCUCUGGAGCAUUGGAGAUGAAGACAGACGACUAAUAAAGGGUUACUCCAACAUGUGUGAAUGAAACAAAACACAACUCCGUGUUCACGGCAUUCUGACAUGGUUUAAAGGGCGCAAGAAUAAAUUUUGUGUAAUAUAGGAUCUUUAAGAGUAGUUAAACGUUUUACUUGAGAAUGUUUGGUUGACAUUAACACUGUGAGCUUUAUAUUGACAUUAAUUUUAUUGUUUUAUUUUUUUGUUUCUUGUAUCUAGGCCAAGAAAUAUUUAAUUAAAUUUGUUUUUUUGAUUUUAUGUUUAUUUUGUAAUUUCAAACGAGCUUAAAGCCCGGGAGCUGUACAAUGCCCUGGUCUUGCGUCGGUCGGUGCGUCGGUGCCAUAGCGACAGAACGUCGUGCGCACUAUAUAAGCGGCUGCGCGCGCAGUUGCCCUCCCCCUUCUCACCUGAGAACGCUUUUUGAACGCUUCUUGAACGCUCUGCGGACACGUGUACGUGACUCUGAUAUUCAUCUGUUAUUAGCCCCUCACCGGCUGUAAAACACCAUCACAACUCGGUAUAACUGCCUGUCAAAACUUUCUGGAGUUUUGAAAACACACCAAAUCGGGACUGGACUUCACCAUGGACCUGGUGCGCCCCUCCCCGGACCCUGACCGCCAGGAUCUCGUCCCUGAAGAGGCUGUGGCUGUGGCUCUGGAUCUUCACGUGGUGGCGCUUCCAGACUACUCCUCUUCGGACGAGGGCGACCAAGGUGAGUAUGGGGUAGGUCGUCCUAGGCCUCCGUCUAGGUCAUCUGAUGAAGAGAGCGGGAGCGACGAGUUUUGGUCAUCUGAUGAAGAGUGGAGUUAUAUGUCAGCUGAUUCUGGAUACGAGACUCUCUCUGAGGAGGAAGAGGAAGAAGAGAGGGUAGAAGAAACCGAAGACGAAGAAGAGGAGGAAGAGAGGGAAGAAGAGAUGCCCUUCCAUCAUCUCAGGAUACCCUGGUUGGAAGUUCCUGCUCGAGCUGUGGAGCCAGAGGCUCGUGCCCCGAGCCCUGUUCUGGAUUUCAUUCCCCUGAUAGGAUGCAGGCACAACAGGGAUGAAGAAGAGGUGAGGAAUGAUGGCAGGUGGGUAGGCUCUACUGCUCAAGCUGUGGAGCCAGAGGCUCGCGCCCCGAGCCCCUCUCCUCAGCAGCGAGCACAGAGACCUGGCCUGGCCAUCAGAGCCCUCCUCUCCGCCGCUCACUCUUCUGCUCCCCGCCCUCUCCCUAUGGGUUCUGCUCUGGACUUCAUUCCCCUCAGCGAAGGCAAGCGCGUCAGGGAUGAAGACAUUGAAGACGAGGAAGUCCCCAGCUCCAAGCGGCCGUGCCUCUCCUCCUCCAACCCACGCCCCUCUACGUCUGACCCAGGUCUCUCCACCUCCUCUGGGACGUCUGGGGGCAUCAGAUUCCACUUCCAUCAGCAGCUCCACCUGCACCAAGACUCGGAGUCGGAUGAGGACUGA